AUGCCGCUAGCAAAGGUAUCUCCUACACAGCUUGAAGAUGUUUCGCCUUCGACAACCUGCCCCCCUUCCAGUUCCCCGGGCGAAGAAGAAGCGCCAAAGGUUCUUGACUCCAGAACUCUGGACCGUGCUGAGAUCAAAAAGAUUCAGCGCAUCGUCACACCGAAGCCUAUCACAGGCAAACUGGAAGUGCCCCAGAAAAUCUUCGACAUGUGGCAAGAUGUUGGCCGGGGGCGCGACACAGUCUUGAAGAUGUGGGCCAAGAGCGGGGGCGUGAAGGCUGUUUUUCUCGAGACUAUCGAGAUCCACAGCGAGUCCACUCGGUCAAAAUCUUUGAAGAUCCGGGGUGGAUUCUACUCCAAGGAAGAUAUGAAGCAAGAGUUGGGAUACUCGUCGCAGCGGGUGGAGAAGAUUUGCCAGCACGCUACGGCUAGUGGCUUGACUCGGACUUGCGAGUACGAUGACGAAGAGACCGAAUAUUGGGUGAACGUUCGAACGGAGGGGGAGUUGACAUCCACAGAUCUCGAAAAGCUUUCGCGUAAGCGGUCUUGGCAAGGGGAGGGGGAAGGCGACGUGGACAUCCCGGCCUCGGUCUGCGUCUCUGGCUUCAGCGCGCAGGAUGUGGGCCUGCAGCCAGGGUCUGCUGCGAAGUCCGAGGGUGAACCCGGCCACCUUAAUCUUGAGGGGGAACACCACAAGCCUGUGACUUGGCUUCGAACAAGUUUUACUGUGCGGAACAUGUUUGGGUGUUUGCCCCUUUUCAUGCGAUCCUGA